AGAAGGAAAUCGGUUGCGAACAAAGUUGGAGGGAAGGGGGUGACGCCGGAAACUUGGCGAUCCGUCAUUUUCAUUCUCUCCCCUCUCUCUCUCUCUCUCGCUCUCUCUCUCUCGCUCUCUCACAUUCAUUGUCGAUGCAGAAACUUCAAUCGAUAAGACACCAUUUGCCUUUGAAAUUCACCGAUUCAAAGACGCCAAGAGGCUGCUGGUUCCUCGCCACCGUGGCCGGAAAUCAACAGUCUCUUCUUCACAAGACGCGUUUUCCGAUUUUACGGUUGUUAUCUCAAUCCCUUCUGUUAGGGUUUAAGUUAUUCAUUUGUUUGUCUUUGAUGUUAAUAUAUUUUAGUAAUUGGAUAUGGGAUCUUUAGAUGUCAAAUCAGACGAAAAAGUCUCAGAACAAGAGCGUGAAGUCGCAAACAACGAGGGCGAAUCAAUGGUGGAUUCUCCAACCACUUCGGAUGAAAAUGAUGAUCUAUUAGAACUGAUAUCAGAGCACACAAGUGCAAGCGAUAGCGAAUCAAUGAUCUAUUCUCCUGCUUUAAAUGAAGAAAUAGCCUCAUCCUCUUCCUCUACAUCAUCAAGUGAUUUUUUGUUAGAAGACCCGUUUCAACAAUCAGAUCUUUCGCAUGGUGAAACGAAGAAUAAGGGUACUAUUGAGAGCCCUCCUAUCCAAACGAUGGAGCGUUUAAGUUCAACGCCCCCAAAAUAUAAAAUACCAUCAUCGAUUUUUUCUAGAAAAGAAUCUGGUAUUGACGGUUGGGGAAUGCCUUCAAAUGAAUCUUUAUUCAGCAUUAACAUGGGAAGUAUAAAUCUUCGAAACCAAGAUAGCAUCAGUUGGAGAUCUGGUGAGCUAGAUUUAGGGUUCGGUAUAGAACCGUCUCCAUCUGACAAACGAAUGAUGGUGGGAAUGAUUCCCGAGUUGGAUGAAACCUCCGAGUCAGAUGGAUCAGAAAAGAAUCUUGAGCAGGAUGAAGGAGGGAGACAUCACAAGUUGGGUGAGGAGGAUAAGAUUCAGAGUUUGAGUGAGAUAGGUAAUACUCAUGGAUCGCGUAUUGCAGAUCAAGAAGAUCAAGGCGGUAAAGCUGUUGUUGAAGAGCCUAAUUCUCAUUUUUCUGCAGAAAAUGUUGGAAGUAGAAGUUCUUUUGCAUUUCCAAUUUUAACUGCAGAGACAAAUAAAAGUCCUUCAGCUAGCGAAAAGUCAGAACCGCAGUUAGAUACAACGCCACACUCAGAACCACAGCCUGAAUCAGACAAACAGACCGAACCACCCAAGGCAGCAGAUCCACCAGCUACAACUUGGACAAACUGCUUCGGAUGUUGCACUAUUUGUUCUUAACUUUGAACAACAAUGCGCAAUUUCUAGGCUUCUUUAUAUGCUCCAACCAAUUCGCUCUACAGUUUCAAGCAUCACACAUCUUCAUUUACUAAUAUGCCCUUGUACACCCUCCGGCGGAGGCCAAAAGGGGAACAAAAUAAGAACUUGAUGUGAUCAAAUCAAAGGAACUAAUGUUCUUGAUCUUAGCAUCUUCUUGAUAAACUAGGUUUUCAUUGUAGCUGAUUAGUUUUGUUUGCAGUCAAGUCUCAGCAAUUGGUGUA